AUGACGCUCGAAGCUGCACCCACGCACACCUGGCCCCUCGCACAGCCCAGGCGGCGCGUACCGCGGGCCUUCACGCCCGCGGACGUCGCGGCGUUCGACGCGAUCUGUGAGCCUGCCUCGCUCCGCUAUGUUCUAACGCCAGGCUCGACCACCACCAACGCGGCCGACUAUCCGCUCGCGCGCGAAGUCGCCUCAAAUAUCCCAAUCUACGACGCGGCCGACCUGCGGCACCUAGGCCCAGAGGCGCGCGACGCUGCAAUGGGCGAGCUGCACGAUGUCCUGCUCACCGGACCAGGGGUGUACGUCGUCCGCGACGCCGUGCCCGCGGCCAUCGUCGACCGCGCGACAGCAGCCCUCGAACGCAUCAUCAAGCGCGAGGAGGGCACCGGCUCCGGCGGGGGGGACCACUUCGCUGCGCCGGGGCACAACUCACGCGUGUGGAACGCGUUCGGGAAGCACGCGGCCGAGGAUCCGGCGAGCUUUGCCGCGUACUAUGCCAACGGAGUGCUCGCGCUGUGCUUCGAGAGCUGGCUGGGCGAGGCGUGGGCGGUUACGGCGCAGGUUAACGUCGUGCGGCCUGGAGGCAGGGCGCAGAUCGUGCACCGCGACUACCACCUCGGGUUCCAGUCGCCUGCAACGACCUCCCGGGUGCCGUACCUCUCCCAGCUCGCCUCGCAGCUCCUGACCCUCCAAGGCGCCGUCGCGCACACCGACAUGCCCCUGGAGUCAGGCCCGACGCUGCUGUUGCCCUACUCGCAGACCUACGGACCCGGGUACGAGGCGUACUCCGUUCCAGCUUUCCAGGACGUGUUUGCCAAACGCUCCGUCCAGCUGCCGCUACGCAAAGGCGACGCGCUGUUCUUCAACCCUGCGCUCUUCCACGCCGCAGGGAGUAACACGACCGCGGACUUGCACCGCGCCGCGAACCUGCUGCAGGUUAGCGCAGCCUGGGGGAAGCCGAUGGAGAGUGUCGACCGGGCGAAAGUGUUACUGGACGUGUGGGAUGAGCUGGUUGCGACGUGGCGGGAUGGGUCGCUCAGCCACGCGGACAAGGACGCGCUCGUCGCGGCCUGCUGCGACGGCUACUCGUUCCCCACCAACCUCGACAAGGACCCGCCCCCGAAGGACGGGUACUGCCCCGCGCCGAUGCUCGACGUCGUGCGGUGCGCAUUGGGACGGGGGGCGAACAAAGUUGAGGCGGCAGAGUUGCUGGCCCAGCUGGCCGAGAAGCGGCGCGCAUAG